GUUACAGUAGAAUUGUCAUCGCUGAUACAAAAUGUGUGAUACACGUCGGAAAUUGUGAGUUUAUAAGUUAAAGAUUUGUGUGAUGACGGGAUGGGGACGUACGAAGAUUGGCCGUGGCAAUACAAUUUCCCACCUUUCUUUACAAUCCAGCCGAAUUUGACGACGAGAAAACUCCAGUUGUCUGCUUGGUGCGACCUAGUGCUCAAAUACCACAGAUACCAGAAUCAGUAUGUGCUGGAUAUGCGUGAGGCGCAGGGCAGCCCUCUGUUCAGCAAUAAAACGCUCAAGCGGACCCUGCCGGCAGAAGGGAUAGCGCAGGUGCUCGCAUCCCUGCAGGCCUCGAGCAAUGCAGAGCCACUCGACAAGUCCAAGAACCGCUGGUACAUCUACUGGCACACUCUGGACGAGUGGGCAGCCCUCAUUUAUGGCUGGGCGGAGGAGACCGGACAGCUCGGCGCAGUCUGCACCUUCUACGAAAUAGCCAAUGUACCCGAUCAGGAGUUCUUCGGCAUCGACACAGAAGUACUGAAGAAAGCGCUGAAAGUACUCGAGAGCAAAAAGAAAGCGGAGAUUAUCUCCUUCGAAGACAACAACGGCGUGAAAUUCUUUUAAUCAUUAUGUCCUAGCAUAAACUAUCACGAAAAUUUUUCUAGAGCGCCAAUGAAACUGUGCACAUCAAUCAGCCCAAGUGACAAUCCAUGAUAAACCAAAGACAAUAAAACACACUUGUUAAAUUUAUUUUAAAUUUAAAGCUGGCUGUUGAUAUUUUUAAUUUUAAAAUAUUGCUAUUCUCGAAAGAAAAAAAACUGUUUUCAGUUUGUACAAAUAUAUAUUAAUAUAUAUAUAAAUGUUUUUGUUUCUCACAA